AUGAUUGGUGAGUGGAUUCGCAAACAAUGUAAGGAAGCUCUUUCAUUGGACGUUGUCCUCCCACGUAGCGACGGCCACUCGAUCCGGAUCAACUAUUCAACACCAUCCGAUCCAGGUAGCGGCAUCACUCGAUCCAACAUAACCCUUGUCAUUGACAUCCUCCCAUUCGAUCUAGCGGCAUCGCACAACAUCCAUCAUUUGAUAAAACAACAUCGCAUGUUAGCCACCAUCUAA